AUGGAACCGUGCAACGAGCGACUAAGCGGGAACAGGACGUGCGUGGACAGGAUACUGAGUCUCAAGGGUGCUGUUAGAGUGGUCUACGUCGGGAUCAAGGAACCGGAGACGUUCAUCGGUCAGAAUCUGGGCAGGAAGAAACUCGAGGACGGUGGUGUUAUUGUUGAGCAUGUUGAGGGUAUGGAGCAACAGAUUCUGGAGUCCAAUGGUGAGAAUGAGAUUCAUAACUACAGUUUCGAAUAG